GGAAGUACUGCGAGGCUACCCCAGGCGCAGGCGCAUGCAGCAAUAGAAUGUCCGGAGUGAUCUUGGUCUCCAUAUGUGCUCGUUCAUGCAACACUGACCAGCCCUGAUGAGGAUCCGCGAGACACGGCAUAGCAUGCAAGGUCGGAUGUUGACAUGGCCGCUCCAAAUCCCCUGAGGAUUGACACCAGCAGCGAACCUCCCAUACCUCACAUCGCUGCCCUCUUCGUUGUCAAGUUUGACCACCGCAAAGGCUACACACUAGGAUGGCACAGAGCCACGGAAGACGUCACUCUCGAAGGAGUCGUCGAGUACAAAUCGCUGCCUUCAGGCCUACACAGUGUUGAGGAGGACUUGGUAUAUUUCAUACACGACGAAUAUGCCGGUCUCAGCACCUUCAUCAACAAGCCCGACGAACAGUCCGAUCGAGCAGCUCGAAUGCUAGCAGUUGGCGUGAUUGUUCCACUCGAGCAUGGCCGCAUGGGAAGAAGCUGGCGUCAUGCUGUUGUUCUCAAAGAGCUUGCAAGGUCUCAAAUCGAGGAUGGCGAUAACACGACUGCAUUGGAAGAGUACUGGGACAAACAUAAACUUACGCCAGAAAGUCGGACCGGUUCAGGUGCGCAGGAUCCUCAACAGACGAAUGGAUACCGCAAGUCAAGGUCAAUGAGCGCAGCAACUACCUUCAUAUCAGGGCAUCACGCACUCAUACCUCACCAUCCUGCCUCGACUCUGGAAGAAUCGGUCAAAACAUUCGGCCCAUUGAUAUUCCCGCUUUACCGCGCGGCAUUACUACGAAAGCGCAUACUAAUAGUCACAGACACCCCUGUGGAGUUCAGUUGCAACCUUGUAUAUAAUAUGUCCAUUUUGUCAUCUGUAUCAACAUCACUAUUAUCUCUAAUACCCGAGGGAGAUGUCCCACCAUACUGGCUUCGGCCUCUCUUCACCGUGGGAGUGCUGGACAUUCCACAGCUGGAGCGAAAUAAAACACCAACGACCACGUCAUCCUCGGACGACAGCUGGAUUGCUUGCACUACGGACGAUGUUUUAAGCACCAAACCCGAUUUGUAUGAUAUUCUGGUUCUUAUGCCUCGAUCAGAUUCGAAGACGGAGUCAAACAGGGUCUUCCCAAAGAUCGUACCCUCCAAGCCGGAGCUGACCAAGGCGUUCCCGAAAACAGGAAUCAAAUCUACCCAGCGAGACUACGACCGUUUCGUGCAUCUCUUUCAAGCUCUGCAACGUUUUGCGCCGAGUCCAGUGACCAACAACGACUUCUCUGCUGAUGGCACGAAUGACGCCUCCUCGAUAGCAUCUGGAUCAUCAGGAUUCUCAGAGAACAAGGUUGUUGUCGAGCCAUCUUCGUGGUCUCGAGCGGCUUACACAUCACUUGUUUGGUGGGCUUCAGCGGGAGAUAGACGAGCUGGACUGGGUGAUUCGGAAGAAGACGACAAGGAACGAGACUUGGCCCUACUACAUUAUGAAGGCGAUGACGAGCAGACUCGUGAGGUGGCACUUGUGGCAUACUUUCACUCCAUGACCAAAGCUUUAUUUCAGACAAUUGCUGAAGCCGUCGCCCGAGCAGAUGGCAAGAGCCUGCAAGAAGAUGCUUAUCAUGAUGACGAUGAUGACGAGAAUGAUGCCAGCCCGGCCGACCCCAAUUCGACCAGACAACCCCCCGUCGUCGAGGGCGAUGAAACAGAAAACCUGCUAGGUAGGGACGGUGAAAAAGGCGAUGUCGAGAUCUCACAAGACGAUAUGACAGCCAUGGGACUGGACAGUUGGAGUGCCUCGGAUAAACAAUUUGUAGAGAACUUUGUACAUCUCUGGUGGGGACGAAAAGCCGUUGUCCAUGCUGGGGUGAUUGAGUGUUGCGGCAUUAGGAUUAUAUAGACAUCCAGUAUUCCUGCUGCAGAAUUCUGCCUUGGAAAACAGAAAGUGUCUGGCAUCGCCACUAUAUCACUGUAACAAUUCUACUAUCUGGUUUCGGGUUUGACGA